AUGCCUGUCAAGCUGUUCAAGUCCAGUGCAGACGAAAUCUACUACAACGAUAAUUAUACUGCCCUCGACCAGCGCCGUUGUGCCUCCUCCACCUCCACCUCCACCUGCUACGACUUCUGUCGCGCCGCCGCCGCCGCCGCCGCCACCACCAACAACAACAUCGACGCCCCUACUUCCGCCGUCGAGCCAACCGCCUCUUCCUCCAGCAACCACACCGAUACCGCCAGUAGCCAGUCCGGCGCCACCAUCCAUACCUUCUACUACGAUUUUCACUUCCACAACUACAACUGUGACACAGGCGUCACAAAGCACCUCUAA